GAGUUCAUUUCAGCAGCUCAAUUGGUGUGGAUGAAGUAAAAGCCCUGGCUGCAUUAAUGACAUACAAGUGCGCUGUAGUGGGUGUUCCUUUUGGUGGUGCCAUGAUGGGUGUGAGGAUCGAUCCGAGGAAAUACUUGAAACAUGAGCUGGAGGAAAUAACAAGGCAUUUUACUGUAGAAAUGGCCAAGAAGGGAUUUAUAGGGCCUGGAAUUGACGUGCUGGCCCCUGAUGUCAGUACCAGGGAGCGGGAGAUGUCCUGGAUAACCAACACCUACACACACACGCUGGGGUACCGGGACAUCAAUUCCCAGGUGUGUGCGACGGGAAAGCCCAUCAGCCAGGGAGGCAUCCAUGGGCGACACUCGGCCACGGGACGGGGGGUCCUGCACGGCAUCAAGAACUACAUCAACAACACAGACUACAUGGACUGCAUCGGCCUGAGCCCCGGCCUCCCCGGCAAGACCUUUGUGCUGCAGCUGAGUGGCUUUGGCAAAGUGGGGCUGCACACCAUGAAGUACCUGCACGAAUACGAAGCCCACUGCAUCUGUGUUGGGGAGUUGGAUGGAGCUAUUUACGAUCCCAAAGGGAUUGGCCCCAAGGAGCUGGGAGACUAUGAGCAGGUCCACAGCACCACAGUUGCCUUCCCGAAUGCAGAGCCCUAUCAUGGCAGCAUCCUGGAGGUACCCUGUGACAUCCUCAUCCCGGCUGCUACUGAGAAACAGCUUACAAGGGAGAAUGCACCCUGGGUGCAAGCAAAGAUUAUUGCAGAAGCUGCCAACGGCCCCACAACACUAGCAGCGCAUGAGAUACUUCUGCAAAGAAACACCCUGGUCAUCCCAGAUGUGUAUGUGAAUGCGGGUUGUGUGACCGUAUCCUUCUUCGAGUGGCUGAAGAACCUGAACCAUGUUAGCUACGGUCGCCUCAGCUUCAAGUAUGAGCGGGAAUCCAGCUACCGCCUCCUGCAGUCAGUGCAGCACAGCCUGGAGCAGUGGUUUGGCAAGGCCAGAGGGGAGAUCCCCAUCAUCCCAUCCCCAGAGUUUCAGGCCCGUGUGACUGGUGCCUCAGAGAAGGUCAUUGUGUAUUCAGGACUGGCCUACACCAUGGAGCAGUCAGCCAAGCUACCUCAAAUUAUGACCAUGGCUGCAAGGUACAACCUGGGUCUGGACCACAGAACCGCUGCCUACCUGUGCGCUCUGGAGAAGGUGUUCACUGUGUACAACGAGGCCAGCUUCACCUACUGA